GUCGGAGUCUAUGUGGUGAGGUUUGGAACCACUAACCCGGUUGUACACUUAUCACCAUGGUUGAGACCCGUAGUGGGACGGAGACUAGUCCCUACACCCCUGAGCAGCAAGCAAAGAUGGCCGCCUUAGUGAAAGAGAACAAGGAGAGAAAAGAGCGCGAGAAGCAGGCGAAGCUAAAGGCUAUCGCAGAUGAGCAGGGGGCGAAGAUGAAGAGGUUGGAGGAGGAGAUGAAGAGGGUACAACAAGAGGAGGAAGAGAGAAGGAAGGCUGCUGAAGCAGAAGCGAUAAUUCGUGCCGUGCGAUCACUGGGCGUGUCACGGUCACCUGUGAUUGGGGCUAGUGUGGAACGGGCUCUGGGCCAUGCAUUGCAUUUGAACGGCUGUGAUUUCCUAUCAGGGAUUGUGAGCAGCACAAGAGCAGCUUGUGGCAGUUCCCUUGCACCGAUGGAGGGCAUGCAGUGCCUGAUUGGACUAUUGUCACUUGCUGUGUUUGCAAGAUUGGCAGAAUGCAGGGACAUGCUUACGCGACUGCACGCACGGGAGCAGGUCCUCCGCAUUCUCCUCUGGCGAAUCAAGGAAUCUGAGGACGAUCGAGCGGAAUGUAUUGCAGGCGAAGGAGCGUGUUCAAGACGCGUGGAGAGUACCAGCUCAUCAGCUGCCACUUCAUCAGCUGCCAUGUCAUCUGUAGAAGGUACUUCAUUUCGAAGUCAAGCAGGCGGACUGCAACGGGUUUCGAGUCCCACAAUGAAAGACUGGGCUGAGCAAUGCGCGCCAUUUGAGGUGAGGCGAACGGAAGGCGGCCAAAGUGAACGCAGUAAAGCGAGGGGACGGAUGACCGAGGGGUUGGAGUUGUUGACGGAGGAUAUGGAGGAGUGGGAGGGUGGAGACCAGUUGCUUUUCGCAGCUCUGUAUGCAUUUGCUGAGUUGUCGCUUAUCCCUAUACAAGGAGAAAAACAAGCAAGACCAACUCAAAAUAUGAUUCCAGGGCACAAAGAGGGAGGUACAGUCUCUACAGAGAUAGCUUUUUUGGCUUCUGAGCUAAUCGCUCUUUCUCCUGAAAUGCCGGGCCCAAAACCAUACAGCAAGGAGGAUGAAGACGGGUCAGCGAAGAAUCCGUCACCAAUAGAUGUGUUUUUGGAGCAGAUUGAGAGGCUGACUGAGGAAGGAUUUCCACAAGGGGUCCGCUGCGGGGCCGCCUAUCUGCUGAGCCAGUAUGGGCGUUUUGGGUUCCAGUGUCCCCUUGGGACUGAUAUUUCCAAGGCACUGAAUGAUGAGGACUUUUCAGAUAUAACGUUUAUAUUUGGCGAUGGCCGUCGAAUCCAUGCUCAUCGCGUGAUCUUGUCCGCUCGCAGCCCAGGUCUCACCGCUGCAUUUGAUUCGAAGCAACAGGAGCAUGAUGCAAACAGGAACGUAGCAAAUGGGAAUUACGCAAAAAUGGCAGCGGGAGAUCCACGCUCAUCCGGUGCGAGUCGUGCGACCAGUCGGGUUUCGAGUACACAGUUCUCUUCUGGAGUGACUGAGCAAUGUCAGCGUACAAUUUCGCCAUGUGCGACCUGCCACCUAUACACACCUGAGGUAACUAGCAUCUCCACUCAGUCUGCUAUGAAGUGGAUGGAUGCUGAUCAUGGCCUUCGGCAUGCUGGCAAUGUCCACUCCCUGGCGGAACAUGUUGACUCCGCCAUGCUCUCCUCCCUCAGCUUGGAAGACAGGAAAGGAAGUGGGGAACUUGGGUUCGAACCCUCAAGUCAGGGCUCUGCCGAGGGCUAUGAAAUGCUAACAAUGCCUAAUCGGCGAUUUGUUGGAACGACUCCAGAAGGUCAUGCAAGCACAUCGGGUUCAAACCCAAGGUUCGAGAUCCGUGUUUCGCCAAGAGUUCCUUAUGAUGUUUUCUGGGAGCUGCUGAUGUACGUAUACGCAGGUUAUGUCCAGGUGCGACGGGAAGACAUGAAAGAGCUGCGCGUACUGUCCAGAAAGUGUGGCCUCCAAAGUUUGACACGGUUGUUGCAAGGUCGCCGGCCAUUGGUCGGCGACCAUGCAGAGCCAUGUUCUCUUGAGCGAGCUCUUCGGGAAGACGGAUUAAGAUUCAGCGACGUACAUUUGAGGGCAUGUGCAGGUGGGAAAGAGGAAACUCAGAUUGGAAGUGAUGAAGAAGUCAAGCACUCAGCACGAUCCAUGCAAGACUGCGAUUUCCCAGCUCACCAGGCGGAACCGACACAGGCGGAGGCAGAGAAAAGUAACCUGGCUACCGUGAUGUUGAACGUAAUGAGGGGAGUAAUGUGGAACAAUAAACUACUGCAGGCACACCUGCACGCGGAUCGUCAGCAAAGACAGCAGUACCAGCAAGACCUGGCCGCUGUAAUGGCUGACGUCCGCGACGCAGCAGUGCAGCAACAGCAACAGCAACAGCUGAUGAACUCUACCAUCGCACGCAUCAACGGCAUUGAGGCCAAGGCCUCAGCAGCGCCAGGCUGCACGACGGACGCGACGAAGCAAAUCAAUGAACGCAUCGAUCACGUCGUCACCAUCAUCRGCGACAUMGGUGUUUUCAACGGACCGGACACGAUCAGCAGCACGGUGGCCGCCMUCAAGACGGACAUCACCAAGCUACAGACGAGACCGGACGCCGCUACAAAGACGUUCAAGAUGCCGCACUUCGACAUCUGCAAGUUCGACGACUACAACAAGUCGGACGCUUUGACAUGGUGGCAACGUUUCCUCACGAAAGCGUCAUGCCGCACUGUCCCGGCGAACGACAUGUUGAAAGCACUCUAUUUGCAAGUGAUUGGAGGAGCGCAGGCAUGGAUAUACCACCUGGCGGCCACCCACAAGUGCACCAUCGUCGAACUCCACACGCACAUCACAUGGAAGGAGUUCGAGCAGCUAUGGUUCACCCGGUUCAUGGUCCGCAACGUCGCGAAGGCGGCCAUGAAUGAGGUGUACACAUGCUCUCAGGGGAACAUGCCAACUCAAGACUGGACAACGAAGUGGCAAAAGAUAGUGACCACGCCAUGAUUCGAUUUGAGUUUUCCAAAUCAACGAUCCGAGUUCUU